GGGGGACCGCAGCUGGUCCCAGCUGAGGCUGAACAGGGUUUUGUCACCUGGUAUUGUCCCCACCAAGGUCAAGACCCACCUCCAAUCCCAGACAGUGGCGUCCAUGGCUGUGGGCUACCAGCACCACCAUGAGAACAUCGCCACCGCUUUCAGGAGCAUCUACCGGCAGCACGGGGUGGUGGGGCUGUGGCGGGGGGUGACGGGUGCCAUCCCCCGCGUGACCGUGGGCUCGGCCGUGCAACUCGCCACCUUCGCCUCCGCCAAGGACUGGGUCUGCGAGCGCCAGUGGUUCAGGAAGGGCAGCUGGUCAGCAGUGCUGGCGGGGGGGAUGGUGAGCAGCGUGGCUGUGGCCGUGGCGAUGACGCCCUUCGACACGAUCAGCACCCGCCUCUACAACCAGCCAGUGGAUGCCGACGGCACGGGCAAGCUCUACCGGGGCUUUUUGGAUUGUAUCCUGCAAAUCUCCCACAAAGAGGGGUUGCUGGGCUUGUACAAGGGCAUCGGUGCCGUCUACUUCCGCCUCGGCCCCCACACCGUCCUCAGCCUCUUCUUUUGGGACAAGCUCAGGGACCUGGUGCGGCACUAGCAGCCACCGGGGCCAAAGGAUGGGCUCCCACCACCACCAAAGACAUUAAUAAAGGGGUUUUUCUAUUUUCGGCGUCGUUUUGGGGUUUUUGGGGUGGUGCGGGGGGGGGACAGCACCUGAAACGCUGCGAUGCCUCGGGGUGAACGGCAGUGCCGGGGUGGAGGCGGCUGAAGGUGCUGGUGGUCCCCAAGCCCCUCCACGUGCAUCCCAUCACUGCCUUCCUCUCCUCGCCCUAAUUUUCACCUCCAUGGAGCAGCUGGAGCUGUGGCCGGAGCAGCUGAGCUCCAGCUGCUCUCGUUUGCCCCAGCAAUGAUUUACUAGCUGGGGUGGCCUCUCCCAGCCUCCGCCCCACGGA